AUGGCGCCCGAAUGGCGCGUCAAGUACCUCGAUUACAAAGGCGGCAAGAAGAAAAUCAAGGCCGUCUCGCGCGCCUUUAGUCGCGCGCCCCCGACGCCCGCCAACGGCAAGUCCAGCAGCGACGCGCAACCCAACCCAGCGAGACUCGAUACCGACCAACACGUCUCGACGUCUCCCUUUUCGUUUCACGCCAUUCGACGAUGGAGCCAUUCCCAGGGCGGCCACGUGCCCGACGAGGUGGCUAUCCUGAGGGGCAACUCGGUGCGAAGCACAGCAAAACCGACCUCGGCCGCGGGCCGUGCCAUCCCCACGAGCAGGCACGAACGUGAUGGCCUCACGGCUGCUGCCAACGACAUGCACUACGGCAGCUUUGGCCUGACACCGCCCUUGUCCACGACACCGAACCAAGCCGACCACCGGAACACGUUUGAGCUGCCUGCUCCCGCCAUCAAAGUCCCUUCUAACACCUCGGAGCAUCUGGCUCUUCCCGAUGGGCCACGGCACCACUUUCCCGCUGCCAGAAGACUGAAACGAAGCGCAUCCGAGGCGCCGCCGCCUAGCAUGGCAGAACCGCCAGCCCGAAGACCACAGACUGGGACUGGGACGGGGACGGGGACGGGGACCGGAACUGGUACCCCCCGUGUCCCGCCAAAUAACACCCUCGGACCAGACUUGACGCCGCAACGGGGCAGUUUGCGCCGCAUGCUGUCUCAUGCCCUGCCCAGAACGCGGGCGCAGCGGUCAGCGCCGGACAUAGUAAUGCAGGCAAUGGCCCUGGAUGUGUACCAGCAGAAGGAGCGUGAGUUCUUCGAAUUUUUGUCGUCCGAGCUGGAAAAGGUUGAGUCAUUCUACAAGAUGAAGGAGGACCAGGCCGCCGACAGACUGGCCGUGCUGAAGGAGCAGCUGCGCGAGAUGCGAAACCGGCGAGCCUACGAACUCAACGAGGAGCGGCGCAAGAGGAAACAGGGGGCUCACGACGUCAUGGCCGACGAAAAUGGACAUCGCAUCCUGAGCGACCACGGCUACCUCGACCAGGUCAAACACAAAAUCUUCAAGCCCGGUCCCAACUCACGGGCCAUGUCGAACAUGGCGCAGACCCCAGUCAUCGGUGGAGUGACCGGCCCAGACGACAGACGAGAUUACAUUCGUCGGCCGGCGCAGGACCAAGUGUCGUACAAGACGGCGAAGCGUAAGCUCAAGCUCGCUCUGCAGGAGUUCUACCGCGGCCUCGAGCUCCUCAAGUCAUACGCCCUGCUCAACCGCACCGCCUUUCGCAAGCUCAACAAGAAAUAUGACAAGGCCGUCAACGCCCGGCCGCCGUACCGCUUCAUGACGGAAAAGGUCAACAAGGCCUGGUUCGUCAACAGCGACGCGCUCGAGGGUCACAUCAAGACGGUCGAAGACAUGUACGCGCAGUAUUUUGAGCGCGGCAACCACAAGAUCGCCGCCGGCAAGCUGAAGAGUCUCAUCAAGCGGAAGGGCGAUGAGUCGGGGAGUGCCUUCAGGAGUGGCAUCCUCAUCGGCACCGGCGUCGUGUUCGCCGUGCAGGGCCUCACUUUUGCGGCCCAACUGCUGCUCCACGAGGAGGAGAGUGUGCGACAGGAGACCAGCUUCCUGAUGCAGAUCUACGGCGGCUACUUCCUGAUGCUGUUCAUGUUUGGCCUUUUCGUCCUGAACUGCUGGAUGUGGACGGUGAACAAGAUCAACUACCCCUUCAUCUUUGAGUUUGAUCAGCGGCAUCACCUUGACUGGCGGCAGCUGGCUGAGUUUCCGAGCUUCUUUCUGCUGCUGCUCGGCAUUUUCAUCUGGCUUAAUUUCAGUCGGUACGGCUCUGAUGAUGUGUUCCUCUACUAUCCCGUGGUGCUCAUUGGCAUUUCGGCCCUCAUCAUCCUGUUUCCUGCUCGCGUCCUUGCACCGACCAGCAGGAAGUGGUUCGCAUACGCACAUUGGCGGCUUCUUCUUGCAGGAUUCUAUCCUGUCGAGUUCCGUGAUUUCUUCCUCGGCGACAUCUACUGCUCUCUCACCUAUGCCGUCUGCGACGACGGCGGCCCGUCCGAGGUGCUCAGCGCCGGCGGCGCACGGCGACGGGCGUGCGGCCCCGCUUCGUCGCGGCGCGACGAGGAGGCCGGUGUCGCGGACGGCGGUCAUGAGGCCGUGUCGUCGGGCACGGUGGUCCGGCGACGCCGCACGACGGUCACGCAGGAGGCGUCGUCGGGCGCGCGGAGCAUCUCCAAGAUGCUCGCCGAGGCGCACAGGCAGGACUUUGUCAAGAGGCGGCAGCCGGGGCAGGAGGACCUCGCGGGGCCGGCGCACAGCGACCGCGGCACGCAGAGCGACGACGACCUCGACGACGAGGACGACGAGUGCGACGAGGUCCGGGCCGAUCGCGAGGCCGAGGUGGACCUGGAGCGGGCGAGGGGGUUGGCGGGGGGGUCGAGGGGGUAA